AUGGCAGAGAUUACCGAUGCUGAGCCGACCGAGGCAGGACAGUCGCUCAAGGAAAUCACGUUUGAUGCACCAGGAACUGCAUAUCUAGAGGGCCCAGUAGGAGCAGGGUCUUCGCACAGAAGGGUCAUUCUACAACCAAAGCCUACCUCCGACCCAAACGACCCCUUGAAUUGGUCGUUCCGUCGAAAGUCUGUACACUUUGCCAUUGCAUCAUUUUUUACCAUGUUGGUGUUUGCUUUGAUUGACAUCGGCCCGGUGAUUUGGCAAGACUUUGAGGAGCUUCUUCAUAUUACAUACCCUCAACUCAACAACCAAUACGCUGUGAACUGUGUCUCUCUCGGUCUCGGUUCAAUCAUCCUUGUACCCUUGGCCUUGAAGUUUGGGCGCAGGCCUAUUUACCUAUUGACUGCCAUGGUGGUCCUAAUUACUGCAAUUUGGCAGGCAGUGCUUCGGGACCUUGCAAAUAUGAUGGCUGCACAAGUGUUCAAUGGGAUAGCUUGCGCCGUUGGAUGGACUCUAGUUCCUAUCACGAUCACAGAUUUAUUCUUCGUCCAUCAGAGAGGUCGAGCAAAUGCGAUUUAUCAGAUAAUGAGUAGCACAGGUGUCUUUCUCGCUCCUGUCGCCGCGGGAUACAUAGCGGAUGCUCAAGGUUGGCCUUGGAUCUAUUGGUGGUCAGCUAUUCUUGUGGCUGUGAACUUGGUUCUUUUCGUUUUCGCUUUUGAAGAAACCAAGUUCUCCAUUCAUACCAUUGCUGGGUCAGAAAUCAGGGCUCCAACAUCAGCUCAGGACAUUGGACCCAUCAACACAGGUGAUGUUUUCAAAAGAACAGAACUAGUAGAUCCCGAAAGCCAGUUUACAGCUACCACAAAUCUAUCGACUGUGCCGGAUGAGAUACAGAAUUGGAUAGACCAUUCCAUUCCUUUGAAAUCACCGCGCCAACGUUUGGCGCUCUUCACGACAUCCGCCGGAUCUCUCAGCCAAUUUCUACAUCAUAUAUACAUGCCAGUUCAAGUCCUAGUGAGCAUACCAGCCGUUGCCUAUGUGAUGAUACAAUAUAGCUCCGCUUUAGUAUGGUUCACGGUACUCGCCACAACACAGUCAGAAUAUCUCGCCCUGCCUCCCUAUAACUUUGGAACGACAGGCAUCGGCCUGCUCAACCUACCACCGUUCGUUGGAUCUAUCUUCGGGUGUAUAUGGGGAGGCCCUGUGAGCGAUUGGUCAAUCAAAUUCCUCGCCCGACGGAAUGAAGGUGUCUAUGAGCCUGAAAUGCGGCUUUACAUUUCUCUUCUGCCGGGAAUAUUAGGCCCCGUGGGUCUGUUUCUGUAUGGAUACAGUGUAUCGGAGGGCUUGCCGUGGAUAUUUCCCUGCCUCGGAUCUGGGCUUUAUGGGUUUAGCAUGUCUGCACUUAUUCCAAUCGCCCUGACCUAUCUCACUGACUCAUAUAACAAAAUCCUCGGAACUGCUCUGAUUGGGGUGAGCUUCGCCCAGUAUAUGGUUGCAACUAUCAUCAUCUUUGCGCUUGACCCAUGGAUCAGCAGUAUGGGGUUGUACAACACUUUCACAGUAAUUGGAUGUCUAGCAGUCGGAUGUAACUUGCUCUGCAUUCCGAUGAUUCUCUUUGGAAAGAAAUGGCGGAUAUCUUGCAAACCGCAGUACGAGAAGAUGGCAGCUGUUCAGUUUGAUGAACGAGGGAUUUGA